AUGAAUGGAUUGUUCAUUAUUCGGGUAUUGGAUCUCUUCGCUCAGUGGUGGAAAAGUUUGAAUGAAAAGAACAGGAUGAAGUGGCUCAUACAAAGUUCUCCAGGUGUUAACCAUGCACGCAGGAGAAGACAAGAAGAAAAACCAAAGUUUUUUGAUAGAGCUCCCGUAGAAAGCGUUGGAAAAUCUGAAGAAACAUAA